ACUCGUUGACUUCCGGUUUGUUUGUUGACAUCAAGCCCAUCAAAGCCAGUACAAUUUGUUGCAUGCCUUUACGAACAGUGGUGUGUACUCCUGAAGCGCAAUAUGGUGCACAAAACGUGUGGAUACGGCGACUGCAGAAGCGAUAGUCGAAAAGAAAAUUUAGACAAUGUGACAUUUAUUUCAUUUCCACGAGACACUGGCAAAAAUCACGAGAAAUGUCUCCGAUGGAUAACACUAUCUGGACGCAUUGACCUGACACCCGAACGCGUCAACAGAUACACCUAUGUCUGCUCUAAGCAUUUUGUCGGGGGCAAUGGUCCAACUGACGAAUAUCCAGACCCAGUUCAGUUUCCAGGCAAAAUAUCAAGAAUACCCAGAGGUAUUCAUGGAAAUAUGCGCGUAGCACCGCACCAUGCGAUUCAAAAGGCGGCCAAGAAAGCAAAGACAUUCACAGUAACAUCUGCAGCUCAGCUCAACAAUCUACAAAAUGCUAAUUACUUCAGUCUAGUCAAGCAAGAGCCAGGCUACUCAGACUUCACCUCGGGGCAGCAGGGCAGUGAUACAACUAGAAACCAAACUAAGUCAAUCAAGUUUUUAGUGAAAGACUGGGGGAGUUGUGUGGAGUCUGACUGUGGACUAACAUCUGGGUAUGUUGACGACGAUCACCCGAAGGACAUCAUGAUGCAGAUGUUCGACAUGUGGAAGGAACAGAAGAUGUGUGAUGCAGCGUUCAUUGUCCAGGGGACGAAGGUUCCAUUUCACCGCUUGAUGAUGUCAGCAUGUAGUUCCCACAUGAAGACAGUGCUGGACAGGGAGGACCUGACAUCCAGUGUGGACAUCCAGAUGCCAGACUCAGUCUCCAUAGAGGGGAUGUACUGCUUCCUGCACUACAUCUACACCGGCUCCCUCAGCCUCACCAUAAACACCGCACAGGCGGUCCUCAAGAUAGCCACCAUCCUCCGGGUCACCAAAGUGCAGCAUCACUGUAAACAGUACAUAGAGAACAUCGCGGGCAAGCUGGGCCUCAACCCGACUCCCACCCAGCCUGUCAGGUUUACUGUGUCUCGGGAAGAAGAAGCUGUUGUAGGACGAUCAGAGGAUAGAAGGACCGUUGUUAUCCCUGAUCCCAGUGCUUCGGAACCUGCUGGGGACCUUCCGAGGAAUUUUUGUUCUGAAUCUGGAACAGUCUCCUUGGAGACCCAUUGUGAUAGGGUUGCUGAUGCGGGUAAUGGAAGAAGUGUGUCAGAUCAUGUCAAUGUAAUGGACACUGCAGGAGCUGACUUCUCGUCUUCUGAUACCAGUUUGCUUACCUGUAUGAAGAACAGGGCUUCACUGCCUGCUAAUAUGAUCUCACAGAGACACUGCAUGGCCUCCAACUUUACAGUGUCUAGUGGGCGUCAGUUCUGUCACCUGGAGCAACCAGGUCAAAACAGUCCGUCCUCAGCCGAGGUCUGUCAGUCGGAUUGUUACCAUGGUAACACAGGUCCGAGCUCCAUCUGCUCAGGGCAGUGGUCAAGCAAGAUGACCGACUCGGGGGUUCAAGGGAUCCCAUGUGUUGAGGAAGGGGAAGAAACAGACAUGGUUGGUUCUGAUACGGAGACAUUUAUUAAGCAAGAACCAGGUCAUGACAGUGAUUUGGAACCCUGUGUUUUCUUUGAGGAGCAACCCUAAUGAUUUCAGGACACACACAGUUGGAAGUUCAUGAACAAUUUCUGUCUUUUUGUUUUUUUACCUUUUAGUACAUACACAUCUCACAACAUUGAUAUACACAAUAAUUAUUGUCAACUAAUUUGUUGUCAAGGUGUUCUUGUCAUUAUAUCACAUGCUGAUGGUAACAUAACCCAGUUUCGUUUCCAGCCCUGUUAGAAGUGGAUUUUGCAUAUAUAUACUUCUCAAAAGAGGUUACAGAACACCCGAUUUUCUCACUUGAUAUGGCCUGGCAUGACACAUUAACUAUAGUCAUAUGAAAAAAACUGAGUGUUCUGUAACUUCUUGUGAGUAAUAUAUUGUAAAUGUUUCUUGAAAUCAUGUACACAGACAAUGUACAAAUGGUGACAUGGAAAUGCUUUUUAAAAUCUUUCAACAUU